AUGUCAGUGCUUGUUUUGAAAAAAGAUCUUGGGAAGGCCGUCCAAAUUGUCCAUAAAGUAACGAAUCUUGGUGGAACUGUUGGCGACCUCGAAUCCGCCUCACUCAUCGAAGCCAUGCGGCGGCUCCAGUCCCGCUUCAGCUACGAGGACUUUACCGGCCUUUGUACUCAGGACAUGACCCGCUAA